AUGGAACGGUUAUUGAGAUCGCUAAAAUUCCGGCGGAGUACCGCGAACUCAUGGAACGUCUGGCUACCACAUAUAAGCCCUUACCGAACCCAACCCUUGUGGGUUCCAUCACGCCUGGUCGAUAAUCUCCUGCCGGACAUGUCCUCGUCGUGGAGAGACUGGUGGCGAGGACUGGACACAAAGCUCGAUCGUUUAGUAAAAGCAGAUGAUGCCGCAAUCACCAGUCAAUUACUUCAACAAGUCAAAGCCUCCACCGAAGGAACAAUGUCCCAGAUUCUCGAUAGGGUCGCGGUUACAGAUCCCGGCUUCCUGUCACUUACCCCAGCGACAAUUAACGCUGUACCCGAAAUAGUAGAUCUUCGCACAUGGGUCGAAGCAGAUGCCGUCUAUAGGGCAAAUGGGUAUAGGCUAUACAUUAAUAACCUAGAUAACUUCCAAUGUAUAGACGAGAUUGCAGACGCACCAGCCCCUCCUAUACUUUUCGUUUCCUUGAGCAACGAUAUGCUCUAUACUAGCAUUAUACAUAGUGUCCCCGGCGUUGCGGCAUAG